AGUACUACCACAACCACGAACUCCAAAACAUCAUCUCAUAAACCAAAAACACACAAUCUCAAAAGAUUUGAGUAUUUCUCAUUACAAAGAUUCAAUCUUCUUGUUCCUUUUUGCAACCAUGAGUCUUCUUGCAGAUCUUGUUAACCUUGACCUCUCAGACAACAGUGAAAAGAUCAUCGCUGAAUACAUAUGGGUUGGUGGUUCUGGUAUGGACAUGAGAAGCAAAGCCAGGACUCUAUCAGGACCAGUGACCGAUCCAUCGAAGCUUCCGAAAUGGAAUUAUGAUGGUUCAAGCACUGGUCAAGCUCCUGGUCAAGAUAGUGAAGUGAUCUUAUACCCUCAAGCGAUUUUCAAAGAUCCGUUCCGUAGAGGCAACAACAUUCUUGUUAUGUGUGAUGCUUACACUCCUGCGGGCGAGCCAAUCCCUACGAAUAAGCGACAUGCUGCAGCUGAGAUCUUUGCUAACCCUGAUGUUGUAGCUGAAGUGCCAUGGUACGGAAUCGAACAAGAAUACACUUUGCUGCAGAAGGAUGUGAACUGGCCUCUUGGAUGGCCCAUUGGUGGCUACCCUGGCCCUCAGGGACCAUACUACUGCAGUAUUGGAGCUGACAAAUCUUUUGGAAGAGACAUUGUUGAUGCUCACUACAAGGCUUGUUUGUAUGCUGGAAUCAACAUCAGUGGGAUCAACGGAGAAGUCAUGCCGGGUCAGUGGGAGUUCCAAGUCGGCCCAUCGGUCGGUAUCUCAGCUUCUGAUGAAGUGUGGAUCGCUCGUUACAUUUUGGAGAGGAUCACAGAGAUUGCUGGUGUGGUUGUAUCUUUUGACCCGAAACCGAUUCCGGGUGACUGGAAUGGAGCUGGUGCUCACACCAAUUACAGUACUAAAUCGAUGAGGGAAGAAGGAGGAUACGAGAUAAUCAAGAAAGCGAUCGAGAAGCUCGGACUAAGACACAAGGAACACAUUUCCGCUUACGGUGAAGGAAACGAGCGCCGUCUCACAGGACACCAUGAAACCGCUGACAUUAACACUUUCCUUUGGGGUGUUGCGAACCGUGGAGCAUCGAUCCGAGUAGGACGUGAUACCGAGAAAGAAGGGAAAGGAUACUUUGAGGAUAGGAGGCCAGCUUCAAACAUGGACCCUUACAUUGUUACUUCCAUGAUUGCAGAGACUACACUCCUCUGGAACCCUUGAAAGGAUGAUCCAUAAAUCUUGAAGUUGCUUCUGAUUGGGUUUCUUGGAAGUUCCAAGUUUGUCUUUUCUACAGUUUAUUAAGCAAAAUUGUACCGGUUGAUAUUGCCGGAGUUUGUGAUUUGGGGCCUUUCGUUUUCUUCUUUAUAAUCUUUUGGGUUUUGGGUUCUGUGGUUAGAGCAAAUUCGGUUUGCUUUGUUUGUUUGACCUUUAUUGAACCUUUGGUAUUUGUACUAAUAAUACAAUCUGAAAAGG